AUGCCUAUACCUGGUUCUCAUCCAGAGGAUGUUCCUCCACCUCUGCCGCCUCCAAGAUACAACAAUGAUCUUGACCAGGGAUUCGAUCUUGCAUGGGAGUGCCAGAACGAAGACAUCUCAGGGGAAAAUGCUAUAUUACCACGGCUCAAGCUGGGCUCGACUUUGUUGACUGGUCAAUCACACCCUCAUGUUGGUAAGGAAGAUGAGGACAUUGAGAUGGACCUCGACGAUGGCUACACGUCGAGUAGAAUGCCUCCUAUUCGUGGGGUGAGUCAUGCGAGUUUCGCUGCAUCAGACAAUACACUUGCGUCGCCUACGAGGAAUUCUAUGUCGUCUAGCAUGCAACAAAGGUUACAUGGAGAAAAUCCUCUAGCACAACAAACACAUCACCAGUCGACUCAUGCUUAUGACAAGCAUAUUCUGUCGAAGAUCGGCAAACCAAGUCCAACAUCUCGCACAGCAACAUCACCAACCAACGUUUCUGUGAUUACACAUCGCAGGGGUUCGAUUCAGCCGAACACUCCUUCUAUCCCGCCUCGACAUAGUCAACAACCAUCGCCGUCGAUGGAGCCUCUCAUACGCUGGAACACCAGUCCUGCUUCAGCGCUGUCUCCCAGCUCGGUAUCGAAUUGGCAAGGAUAUCGUUUGACUCCUAUCGCUACCAGCUCAGAACAACUGCCGCGACUAACAAACCCUCGCCGUCUAUCGAGCUCGGCAAAGAGCGACAUCAACUCACGGCCACGUCUGGCUCCGACACGAAGCCGUGAAGACACUCGGACUCGAUCGCAACGUGGAAGUUAUGAUUCAGCAACAUCGAUGAGUGACGCACGGUCUACUGGUGAUGAACCUGCCUUCAGUAGACUUCGCCUCAACGAACAGGCUAAUGAGAUGACCUUGCAUUAUGGCACCAAGAGGAGAGCCAUCUCACCGCCUACGGCAGACGCUCGAUCUGGAAGAGCAGAACAUGGUCUAGCUCGACUUCAAACGACAGAUAUGAUGCCGAGUACAUCGCUCUUUUCGUCUCAUCAUGUGGGAUCGAUUACAUCGAACGCUACUACUACCGAUUCCGAUUCUACCACGUCAUCUUUCUUAGUCUCAGAUCGUUCGAGUCUAACGAGUGUGUCAUCGUCGAGUAUAUCGUUGAUGCCAGGAGCAUCAGGGAGCCGUGAAGGCAGAAAGACAAGUCAGAUUUACUUGAAGGAUAGCCAAGACGCGAAUCCGUUAUAUACCAACCUCUCAGACCGACCCUCAGCAGCUGUCGUGUCGUUGCAGAAGCACGAUAGCCGACCAUUUGUUGGUGGAACAUUGCUACAAGCUACAGUGAAUGAUUCGCGCACAGUGCCAUCACGCAUUGGUGGCCAUUAUCUAUGUGCUUGUUGUCCCAAGAAGCCCAAGAAGUUCGACACGGAACAGCAGCUGCUAAAUCACGAAAACGAGAAACAGUACACAUGUGCUUAUUGCAACAACCGAUUCAAAAACAAAAACGAAGCUGAAAGACACCAGAACUCCCUACACCUACGCAGACAGUCAUGGUCUUGUGCUGCAAUAUCCACGUAUCAGGCCGCCUUUCACCCCUCACCUGUGUCGAGUCCUGAUUGCUCAACUUUAGACUUAUGCGGCUUCUGUGGUAAAGAGUUUGCCAAUCAGCCUCCGGAUUGGGAAAACCGGAUCGAGCAUCUGACCAAUGUGCAUAAAUUUGGCGAGUGCAACUCGACCAAGAAAUUCUUUCGAGCCGAUCACUUUCGACAGCAUCUCAAACACAGUCAUGCAGGCAAGAGUGGAAGAUGGACAAACAUAUUAGAAAGCAGCUGUCAGCGCGAAGAGACGUCAUCCGACUCUGGAGUCUUAUCACCAACAGCCAGUGAACACUCGCAAAGUGGCAGCUUGCAUCGCCGACAGGGCAAUUUGGCAAAUCCUUCUGAUGCACCUUCAUUCGGAGUGGAAACGAUUGACGAGAAUUACGAAGAGCCAUGA